AUGGUCGACACCCAUCACAACUCCGACGAAUCAUCUUCAACACGGAUCGAGGGAAGUACCCACACUCAACCCUCCUCUCCACCUCUUGCCCCUGAUACCCUCCCAGCAUCUACGACUAUACCAUUCCCGCCCCUUCAUCCCACAGCGACCUCGGCAUCCUCCAAACCAUAUUCAGCCUUUUCUCGAUCGACCAAAAUCCUAAUCGUUAUCAUCGGGGGAAUAGCCGGUAUAUUCUCACCCAUCUCAUCGAAUAUAUUCGUACCAGCUAUCCCAACCUUGUCCGUAGCGUUUGGCAAAAGCGAAAGUGCGAUAUCUCAAGCUGUAACCGUCUACCUUAUAUUUCAAGCUGUCACACCUUCCUUUCUUGGGUCAUUGUCCGAUUCAUACGGUAGAAGACCAGUAUAUAUCUCCACGCUCGUUGUUUACCUGGCAUCUAAUAUAGGUCUGGCACUGUGUCCUACGGGGGCUUAUUGGUUGUUAUUGGUGCUGAGGGCUUUGCAGAGUACUGGUGGGAGCGCGGUCAUUUCUAUAGGGUAUGGGUGCGUGGCGGACGUAGCUGAACCGAGAGAAAGAGGGAAAUUCACAGCUGCUUUCCAAGUAGGAGGAAUGCUUGGACCAGCCCUUGGUCCAUUCAUCGGAGCCGUGUUGACGUAUGGAUUAGGAUGGCGAAGUAUAUUUUGGUUUCUGGCUAUCGCUACCGCUGUUGUACUUGUACCUCUGAUAUUAUUUCUCCCUGAAACCCUUCGAUCAUUAGUAGGAGACGGAUCUAUCCCACCUCCUGCAUUAAAUACCUCACCUUUCAUAUUGUUACAGAAAAGACGGAUGAAGAAGGAGUUGACGGAACAUCAAGAGGAAGUUGAAAGACCACCUAAAAAGAAAUAUCAACCCUUCUCGGCAUUCAUGAUCCUCUUCACGCCCGAAAUCGUCUUAGUGUUCCUGUUUGUGUCGUUAUUGUAUCUGGAAUUUUACUCGAUAUUAACCGUAUAUUCGACAAUAUUGAAAGAUACCUAUGAAUUGACCGAGUUACAAAUCGGAUUGUGUUAUCUACCAUCUGGUUUGGGAGCCAUCACCUCAGUCCAACUUAAUGGUCGACAAAUAGAUUACUGGUUCCGUAAAGAGGAGAAAAGGGUUGGAGGAGAUUAUCGAAAGAAACCCCAGGAGUUUGAUCUUGAAUAUACUAGAAUUAGAUGUCUGGCUCCUUUCGCUACUUUGUUCCUGUGCGCGGUAACAUCAUUAGGAUGGUGUCUUCAAGUGAAAGCUCCCCUGGCUGCCACGCUCGUAGUAAAUUUCUUCAUGGGUCUAGGAACGGGAACUAUAGGUACUGCAACGGUCUAUGGACAAGAUCUUAAACCAGGUAGAGGAGGCGCAGUCUCGGCUUCUUUAAAUCUUGUGAGAUGUAUAUUCGGUGCUGUCGGUGUGGCAGCGAUUCAAUCGAUGUAUAAAUCCCUAGGAGCAGGAUGGACCUUUGUGUUGUUAUCUGGAAUCGUCAUAUUGGGUAUACCCAUGCCUAUCUUGGUGGUGAAACGAGGUAAGAUAUGGAGAGAUAAGAGGAAUGAGAGGAAGAAGAUGAAAGAGGAGGAAAAGAAGGUUCGUGAUAGAGUUUAG